GGAGCAGAGGCGGGCCUAAGUUAACGUCCCUUUUCAGGGACAGGCGGGGCCUGGCGCCGGACAGUCUGGCCUCGCGUGGUUUGGACGCCGAGCCUCCGCGCCCCUGCCGUGUUCGUUGUCGCAGACUGCGGCGCGAUGGAGCCUGCAGCGGCUCGCCGCGCCCUCCUGUGCUCCGUCUGCCUGGCGCUGUGGUGCCUGCGCUGCGCGCACGGGCUCCGGAGCAGUGGCAAUCAUGAGUGGGAAAAACUGAUUAUGGUUCAGCACUGGCCUGCCACCGUGUGCAAGGAAAUUGAAAACAACUGUAGAAACCCCCCGGAUUACUGGACGAUACACGGAUUAUGGGCGGAUAAAGCUGAAAAAUGUAAUCGAUCCUGGCACUUUAAUUUCAACGAGAUUAAGGAUCUUGUGCAAGACAUGAAGAUAUACUGGCCUGACGUGAUCCACUCGUCGGAUAAUUGCACCCACCUCUGGAAGCACGAGUGGGAGAAGCACGGCACCUGCGCCGCCCAGCUGGACGCCCUCAACUCGCAGAAGAAGUACUUCGGCAAAGGCCUGGACCUGUACAAGGGCCUCGCCCUCAACAGCAUGCUGGAAAAAUUCGGGAUAAUCCCAUCUGGCAAUUACUAUCAAAUUGCAGAUAUCAAAGACGCCCUUGCCAACGUAUAUGGAGUUAUUCCUAAAAUCCAGUGCCUUCCUCCGAAGCAGGACGAGGAGGUGCAAACCCUCGGCCAGAUCGAGCUGUGCUUCACGAAGGAUCUGCAGCUGCGGAACUGCACGGAGCACAGGGAGCCUGAGGCCCGCGGGCGGGGAGCGUGGCCAGCGGGGGUGGCCACAGGCCUGGAGGUCUGCAAGGAUGGCCCCGCCUUUUACCCCCCACCC